CGCCGCUCGGAAGUGAACGAGGAGGUUGUCCAAAAACUUUCGAAAAGGUCCAAAGCUUCUGUCCCCGGAUUGCUUUCAAACGUAGAUGUGGUGUCCUGAAAUAUAUUUAUUUCUGAGGAAGGGAACUUCGAGUUUAGUUCUUCGAUCUACGGCAGAUAAACCAAAGAAUAGUUAGCGGGUUGUCACGAGCUGAGUGGAUGUCAAUUUGCCUUGACUCACGGGAUAAACUGCCGAGGAACUGUUAGCUGAAGAGGAGUCAACAAGUAAUUUCUAUUACGUUGCUUGGAAUAGGAAGUUAUUAUCUAGUCAAAACCAAUACCUCUGAAUAGGACUUGAGAGAAAUGGCGACAAGAGAAGACGAAUAUGACUACCUCUUUAAAGUGGUGCUAAUCGGGGACUCGGGUGUAGGCAAGAGUAACCUGCUGUCCCGCUUCACCCGAAACGAGUUCAACCUGGAGAGCAAGAGCACCAUCGGGGUGGAGUUCGCCACGCGGAGCAUCCAGGUGGAGGGCAAGACCAUCAAGGCCCAGAUCUGGGACACGGCCGGCCAGGAGAGAUACAGGGCCAUCACCUCAGCUUACUACCGCGGGGCGGUGGGUGCGCUGCUGGUGUACGACAUCGCCAAGCACCUGACGUACGAAAACGCAGAGCGCUGGCUGAAGGAGCUGCAGGACCACGCCGACAGCAACAUCGUCAUCAUGCUGGUGGGCAACAAGAGCGACCUGCGUCACCUCCGCGCCGUGCCCACUGACGAGGCCAAGGCCUUCGCAGAAAAGCAUGGGCUGUCCUUCUUGGAGACUUCUGCUUUGGACUCGUCUAAUGUAGAGCUGGCCUUCCAGACCAUUCUAACAGCCAUCUACCACAUAGUGUCCCAGAGGCAGAUGUCGGGCCGCAGCGACGCUGACUUCUCCCCGAACUCCAAUGUGGUGCCCAUCACCGUGCAGCCCACCCAGAGCUCAGCCAAGCAGGGCGCCUGCUGCCAGAGCAACUAACUAACACUCCUACACGCAACAACACAACAGGCCUGAGCUGAGCUGAGCUGACCAUCCUGGGUAAAAAAAAAGAAAAGAAAGCAAAAAGAGGGAACGCAAACAAAAUGAAACAAAAAACAAACAAAGCAAAAAGCAAACAUAAAAAUGGCAUAAGCUAAAAAGGCUAAAACAGACAGUCAGAAUGCUGGACUGCAGCACAGAGACCCCACGCACUCACGCACAUAUAUGCAUAUACACAGAAAUACAUGUACAUUAACAAGCAUACAUUUGCGCACACACGCAUGCAUACACAUGUACGUAGUACACACGUGCAGAUGUACGUACACACCCACACAAACUAACGCACAGAGAUGCACUCAAAGGGGUCUGCAUGAGUGUUGUGUGCGCUGUACUCCCCUUACUCUGUCUAUGCAUUCUUGUUAACUCACAAAUUGCAAUAAUCUUCACAGCUACGCCCCUCUUCUCCCCCUGAAUCCGCAAAGGUAGUAAGCUGUGGACAGACGUAGAGUUCCAGCCAGAAAGCUUGGAUGUUGAAUGUAGAAUUAAAAAUGAAAGUCUGGUUUGGAAUAGCUGAACAGUCUGUUCCUGAAACAUCUUACCUCUCUCUUUAGCUCUCACACUAACAUGAUUGUUUGGGUGGGUGGGUUGUGAUGUGGCGUGGCGUGGCGUGUUGCGGCACAGCAUGUGUGUGUGGAGCAGGGUGUUAUUGCCUCGCCACUUCGCUCGCUGUUGUCUCUGUCCUCUACCUCCAUCUGGACACGUGCAUGUGGAAGUUGGGCCCAUGCACUAAUUUGCACAUCAAGAUGUUUUAUUUUUGCCGCUGACAUAGAAGUAUGUGAUCAUUUUUUAGAGCACAGUAAGAAAAUCAACAAAUAAGAAAUAAAUAAAUGACAUGAAUAAAUAAAUUGAUGACAGACAGUA